AAGAUUGUGUAUGUGCAAAGUUUUAUGUUCUUAGCUUUGAACACAUUCAGGUGAACCUCGUCAGCGAUCACCAUCAUGCUGAUCAACAAUAUUAGCGGUUCAGUGAGCCCAAAUUAAUAGGGUAAUUUGGACCAGGUGUAACAAAAAGCAUUGUGUGGAACGUAAGCACAAGUGCAUUAGUCCUUAAAACAUGUCUCUUCAAUACUAUCUGAGACUGGCUCUGGUUGGUUUGGCUCUUUCUGUUGUGGGAUGUUUGCCUGAAGUAUCAAUAGUGCCUUUAGGAGAUGUCACGGAUGAUUCAAAGAUCAAAAUACAAGCUCUGGAAAGUUUCAAAAGUGUUAAUCCACCCAUUCAAAAUCCAAUAAGAGGCAGUCUUCAAAGCAACAGAGAACAGUUUAACAGCAAAUAUCAGCUGCCGUGGAUCAGCUCUGCCUCAUACAACCAGAGAAAUGAUGUCAACUCAGUCUAUUCAGUCCCACAUAAAGUCCAGUCCAAUAUCAGAAAUAAACCUGUUGAAUUAUCAAGCGCCAAAUUUAAUGAUGAAAUUGAUGCCAAAAGAAGCUAUGCUUCCCAAACAGUCCAGCAGGAACAAAAUACUUUAGACGUUAAAGGGAGCCAAAUUAGCUCUAGUAAUAUUAAUUUGGCCCCAAGGCUGGUGAGGAAAAAAGGUGGAAUGCAUGCAGCAUAUGUGCAUAGAUCAGGCUCAUUUGGACAUCAACAUAUUUCUAAAUCAGAAAUGCACUCAGGCAGUUCACAACCAUUAGGACUCAAUGAACCUUAUUUGAAGGAAAAUAUUCCAACUAAUUAUAUGCCUAGAAGCUCAACAGUGAACCACAAUAUGAGGCACAAAAGUAAUGGAAACAUGCUGAUGGAAAAUUUUCUUCAAAACAAUGGCCAGAAUCAAAACAUGCUGAGGAGAGUUGUACCAUCAAAUACAUCUCCCUCAAUUGUAACAGCAAAUCAGCAAAAGAGCCAACCAUUGCCACAAGCUUUUUCUGCUGGGACUGGAAUCAUUUCUCAAAUUUCCUACGAGAAUAUGAGGGACGUAGCUCUUUCAAAGGUGUUCAAAACGCCAAUCCCAACACCAAUAUCACCUGCAUUUAAGAGAUCAAAUUCAAAUGGAGGUCCUAGCAUCCUUCCAUUAAUAAAAUCUCAGAUGUUUUCUUCUCAGCAGGAUCACAUCAAGCUGUCUAAUUCUGAAAGGGUUGCCAAUCCAAAAGCAAAUCUGCAAAGCAGUUUUGAAUUUGGAAAUACAAAUAGCUACAUGCUCGAGAACAUUCAGUCGACACAAAAUGGUUACCAAAAUGGGGGACAAAGUAGUCAGAAUGUUGUGCCCAUUCAAACCUUUCACAAUCAAAAGAAGUAUGAUAAUCUGGCUACAGGUAUAUCUGCCAUCAGGCCUUCAGUCACCAAUAAUGCCCACUCUUACUUCCUAUCAGAUGAAAACAGUGGCAUCCAGAUGUCUGCACUACUCAAACGGUCAAAAGAAAUCACUGACUUGACCCCACGAAUGCAGUUUGGAAAGAACAAAAUGUUAUUUUCAGAACGUGAUACAAAUAUUUAUCUACCAGACCUAACAAAUCAUUCAUUGAGGAAGCCAAGUCAGCAUAAUGCGCAAAAUAGGUCACAUCUGAAUUCCUUCGGCCAAAGUACUGUACAAUCGUUAUCCAUUAAACAUUAUCCUGCGCCAAGUCUUGUGCCAGGUAACACAUUGAAGAGUCAUGUCCACGGCUUUAGUCCAUCUGUGGCUGGGACUCAGGGCGCAUCUAAAAAUUCAGGUACGUCUAGUAGCCGACCAUAUUAUCUAACUUUUAAAAAGCCAUAUGCUUUUAAAGGUUUCACAUUUGUCCCUACAUUGCAGACAUCGCUACAAAAAUCAGAAAUGCACUCUGGCCAAAAGCCCCUCUUAAAGUCUUUAUCUAAUGUGCAAUAUGCCCCUGCUCGUUCACAUACCGCCCAAAGUGCACUCGCUCAAAAACCCUUGAUGCAUAAGAGCUACAAAAAAAUGCUUUUCCAGUUCAAGGACAUUGAAUCAAGCCAAGAAAAACAACUUUAUUGGGAUCAGACAGAUUCUUUUGAUAAUGGACCUAAACGUGAAACCAUCUCUUCUACUGAAGGUGCAAGUAACCUGAUGUCUGAUGCUCUAAAGCACCAUGCUGUUAGAGGUCAAGCUGUAGCAAUGAAAACAUCUCUCAGUGGCACAAAUACUACAAAUAAUGUAGCUGUUGACGAAGUUCAGUCAAAAACAUCUCAGAGGUGGACUUCAAGUAGGCUUACUUCAGCACAGCCCUCUAAAUCUAACAAAGAUGAAUUCCCAACAGGCAGUUUUGUUAGAUCCAACUUAAACAAAGCAUCCAUAAAAUCUAGCAACAGUCAUAACAGUCCCACAUCAGAGCUUAUUCUUCCAAUUCAUAAGUCUUCUCUUAUGAACAAAGUGACUGGGUAUCCUCGAAUACACAAUGCUGCUAUCCAGCCACUUCGCAGGUAUGUUUUGAAGGAACAUGAAGGUGUGUUAAAUCCAACAAAGGAAAUUAAAGAUAGAAAUUCUACUGGAAUAACACAGUCAAAUACUACUGAAAAUUAUAGCCCCAUUAGACUGAGACCGACCAGCAGCUUUGCGAUUGGAAGGCAAGUUAAAGACAAUUCAGACCACCAGAACAUCUAUGCUAUCUCAACCUCUCAAUCUGCAAUUUAUAGAUCUGCUGGCAUUAAUAGUCAAAAAACGGAUGGCUCUACAAAGCUCACUUUCCAGUCACCUAUGCACAGAUCUGCUAUGAAACCUUCUGGCAAAGUUAACAUCCUAAAAGCUAAUGCAGCUUCAGACUGGAGGAACGAAACGUCUCCAAUCUCAGAAGCAGAUAUCAACCUUAGUGCCGUCAGUGUGUCCCAGGCUUUAAGACCCACAACCAAACCCAACCUUAACAUGUCUAUGACAAAAUCAGGCCUAAACAAUUAUAAACCAGUUCAGAUUUCCUAUAUAGCAGGUAGCACCUCCUUCACCGAUGUCAAACCACAUUCUGCUAACACCAAGGCGAAGGAAGAAGUGGAUCUCGAAAGUGAUCAAAACAGCAGUAAUUCAACAUCAGUGAUGGAGGAAAGUUUUAAAGAGCUGGUUUUAGACAGUUCCUCUAUGAUCUCAGCCUUACAAAAUGAAAUGGAUGAAAGUGCAAUGGAUUUACGCGUCCCUGAGCUUAUGCCAACAGCUGCUUAUGAGUCACAGCUGGAGCCUGGGAAUCAUACCACACCUACAGCAGAGGAUAUUGAUCCAUUUUAUGAGGGGACAUUGAUACCCAAUACCACUUUGCAGGACGAAAUGACCUCAAGUUGAGAUCUGCCCGCAUGCAAUCCAAUGGCAGCCGUCCUUAACUGCAAUGUGAGGUGAUUUUCUCUUCUGUAGGUAGAUGGCGCCAGAUCUAUCCUCACAUUAAUUUGCAUUAAAUUUCUGAGUUCUGA